UGCAUCGAAGCAAGCAAGCGCACCGUUGCAAUUCUUUUCGAUUUGACAGACUGACCAAGCCUAUCAUUCUCUACCAUGCCGGCAUUUUCGAGCAAGUUCGGUUCGGCAGCGCGUCCUUUGCCCGUGCGCCGACGAACUAUGGGCUCCGGUAGUCGACGCAAAUGGACUUCUGCGUCACCAACCUGCUGGAUCGGCAUGACAAUGUUUUGCUUGGUGGUUACCUAUGUGGCUGUUGUUGUUGUUGUGACACGCAAUCACAUCGUAGGAGAAGAUAAAUCCUACCAUGAAGACAGUCCUUUGGCUGCACACGCGCCGGAAGCCCCAUUGAAGUCGUCCCGGAAAAACCGACUCGACUCUGUCCAAGACACGGGGAGGAAAGAGCAGCAAAUCGAAACGCGAGCAGAAAAGACCAAAAGGAAUCCCUUUCGGCGACAACACCUAGAAAAUCCCUUCGGACACGGCGUAGCACCGGACGUCUUGCUUCCAAAAGACGAAGGAGACGGGACUGACGCCGAACCAAACCAUCUCGCCGCAAAGAUAGACCCGCCUCCGGAGACACAUCCUUCACCAGACUUUAUUUUGAAAGCAUUUCUAGAGCCCUCGAGUCUGGACGAGUGGACUCGCAAGCCGUUGCCUAUCCGAUCGCAAGCAAAGCAACAUAAUUUGCGAGAAAUAUCGUAUCCGCGAUUGAAUUCUUGUUCGAAAUUGAUACAACAAUGGCCGGUUGAUGACACUCCCGCAGACAUUGAUCCCUUUCUACCUUGGAUCCACGACGUUUUUCCGACUCAUGAUGGAGCAUAUGUACAGUUUGUGGCACAAAACAAACGUCGCUGCAAGACGGGUCACAAGGAAAAAGAUAUUAUGGCUCACAUGCAGCCACAAGUUGCACUCUUUCAGCACGUUCCCAUCAAGCGCCUCUCCAAGGAUGAUGGUACCGCUUCCGAAACACGAUACCGUUUGUCGAGCCACGAAGAGGCCGACCCCGAUGGCGUCGUCACACGUUUCAUUUGUCGAUUCAAACCAAGUAUGGAAGAAACACUCUCCGAAUUCAAUUUCGACUACGAUUGGACGGCUCUGAGGAAACGGUACAAGAACACCUUUUCCGAAGACGACGGCGGCAUCAAAUCAAUUCACACAUCACAACUCCUUUUUCGCUGUCCUAUUCCAAAGGCAUUACAAAACGACAUUCGUCUGGGUCGAUCGGUCGAUCCGAAAACCGACUGGACCAAGUACUUUGUGGAUCUGAUUCCUAUACGUACACCUCCUCGGUAUGGACCGCCCAAGCAGUUCUUGCAGCCCCAGUACAAAGACUUUUUGGACAAUAAUGUUACGGCACGAUUCGAUCCAGAACACGAGUGGGGAUCACAGCACAUUCUGCCCGCCAUCAAGGAUUCUGGGCGCUGGGAAAACAUUCCAAUUUGCCAACCGUCUCUUAUGACAUACGAAAACCAAAAGGCCGACGAAGACUUAUCUGCCUUGAUCCUAUCCACAACACACGCUAUUGAGCCUGUCAAAAAGCACCGUUUAGUUUCCUGUAUUUGGGCUUCUGCGGGAUAUACAACGCGUGGAAACCGAUUUGCCAUAAAUGAUGGGCAGCGACGAUUGUUGGAAUGGAUUUCCUACAACAAAGUGAUCGGAUUCGACCACUUUUAUCUGUAUGACAACUCGGGGGCUUUCAGCAAUGAUACUUCACUGAAAAGUGUGGCAGAUCUUUUUCCAGACGACGUCACCUACAUCCCUUGGCCGUCACAAAUAUGUAACAAUAAUCCCAACAACGUUGACAGCGUCGGCGAACGCUCUUCCCAGUACGCAGCGGAGUCUUCUUGCCGGCUGCGGUUUGGUCCCCACGUCGACUGGAUUGGCCAGUUUGAUAUCGAUGAAUAUCUGAUUCCCAUGGGAAAGCAUUCCGACGUCUUAUCUUUGUUGAAAGAGUUGGAAGCCGAAGAUACGCGCAUUGUUUCUUUCGGCUCUUGGCGCGCGUGGCCUCGACGCGCGUUUAUUGACGAGAUUGUGGAAAUAAAUGACCCAGAGAUAUGCUGGCACAACGAACCUUGCUUUCACUUACAGAUUCCUCUGAAACAUACUAUGCUUCAAGCCUAUAAUUGCGAUCGACAACCGCCCGGUCAAAAGAAAGAAGUGAUGCCCGCUGAGAAGCAGUUGUACCGUCCUGACUAUGUCCUGCAGCAUUUUAUACACUACUCAGCCGUCACGACUUUGUCAGAAAAAAAUGAGAGCGAAUAUGUAAAAGAGGGGAUGGUAUGGAAGCCUCGUGGUUUUCCCGAUCCUCGGCAGCGCUUCGGGGACGAACUAUCCGAAGCACUUAUGAUCCAUACCAAGGCAGUUGCAAUUCAAGAUACAUCCGGUUGGCAACGCAUGUGUCAUGUCGACAACUUGAAGCUUCCGAGAAGAAAGCAAGGACUUUGUCGUCUUGGACUACCUUGGCCGAAAGAUCCUGCAAUGGCGGCACAGAAUGGAACGAAAGAAGGCUGGGCCUUUAAUUGCUACGUGAACGAAAAGGUCGAAGCACAGCUGAUACCGAAGCUCGAGGAAUCCAUGAGACAGAGAGCUCCGCACUUCUUUGAUCUAAGACAAUAA